UGGAGAUCCCUGUAUACCUGAGGCCUUCUAAAGGGAACUGAAGUGUUUUCCAGAGCCAUCUCUCUCUACUGGAAGGAUACUGAGGGUUUUACGGAAGCAGCUGAGAAGUGGGCAGGGCUGGAUCCUCCUGAGCCCUGUAAACAGGAAGCUGGCUGCGUGUUGAGCAUCUCCAGGGCGCCUGGCGGGGUUGGCUGUGCAGAGAGCCAGGAUCUCAGAUCCAUGUGAUGAGAGAAAUGCAUUUGGCAGCACUGGAGCUGCUGAUGAGUGAUGCAGUUAUCUCAGCAUGGCGGUGCUGGAGGAAGGCAGGCAGGUUUCCAUCCUGAUCCGGCAUUUCCUUGGGUUAUCUCCACGCGUUGCCACGGUUCCUGAAGGAAUCACUGCUAUGAUUCAGGAGGCUGCAAAAUCAUCUGGCCCACCCCAUGGAGCCACCUCUGCUCCACAUUCAUCCUAAAGACGUCAAAGGAAGUGAGCGCCAUGGGCAGACAAAGCAGGGAGGGGAGGCCGCCUGCCGGGCAGCGUGCAGAGCAGGUCAGCAGCAGCCACAGCCUCAUUUGAUAGCAAAACCAGGUCAGGUCAUGGCCAGAAUUGCAGGAAACAUCAUCAUCUGUGAACUCUGUGAAGAGCUGUGGGCUGUCGUGAUGCCUGCCUUCUGCCUUCUCUUACCUGAGCCAAACCAACUACAGGACUUCAGCUGCCCCUUGUGUGCUUUGUCCUGUAGGCUUCUCCCCAUCUCUGUAGCCCUCUCCAACAAUCUGCUGUCCUUCUGCUCUCUAAUCUCUUCUGUUUGCUUGAGCAGCACUGUUGAAAACUCAGUUUGGUGCUGGAAUCAUGUUAUUUAUGUGAGGUGCUGGUCUGAGAUCAUUGCUUUGGUCUCUGGGCUUUGCAUGAUAGCAGCUCAGCUCAGAGCCUAUGUGCCAUUCUCCUCCAGGACAGAGACCUCCGUCCUCACCCCCCACCCCUCACUCUCCUCAUUACUGUCCCUAUUAGAGAUUUCAUUUCCCACCUCUGUCUUGAUGGUGUCUCUGAGGAGGCAUUGCUUGCUGUUAAUGCCUCUGAUCCCUCAGGAUUUAGCCAAGUGAUGGGGUUAAUUUGGGAGGGGGCUGGAGGUGCAGUUCCAGGAGAUGGCAAUUAACAGGAGACAGCACUUAAGUACCUCAAUGCAAAUAAAAAAAACAUGGGUCCUGGCUCCUGUGGUGUCAAGGAAUGGUUUAAGGGGGUUGUCCACAGCCCAGGAGCCUGGGAGUGAUUUGGGGCAAAACAGUGUCCUCUGCACCAAUUUGGUCUUGCAGAAACACAAGAGCAUGCAGAGAAAGGGUCACAUCUCAGAGCCUCCCUACCCUAAGGAUGUGGAGAUUUUAGAUUGAGAUUUAGAUUCUGCUCAGGGCCUGCAGUGUGCUGCAAUCAAUACAGCCGAGGCUGAAGGCGAUUUAAUUGUGGCAAGUAAUGAACCAGUGCCCUGGGGAAAUGCUUGUAGAUGGAAGUCAAGGAAUUUGCUCAGAUCCGUGCAGAGGUGGGCAGUGGGAUGAUUUCGAACUUGGAGUUUUUCCCCUUUUUUGGAAGAAAAAUGUCUCUCUACCUCUAUUUCCCCUUAACAUGAAAAUCAUCAUCUAUUCUCUGUAGGAGAAUGGGCAGCUAAAUAUUACAAACUGCAUAAUUCCAGGAAAAGCUGCUCCCUUUACGCUGCAGAGAGGAAUGUGGAAAAGCAAUUUAAAAAGCCCAAGAGAAAUAAUUAUCAAAAGCCACGGCAGCCUGGAGCCGAUGGGGCGCACAUGGCAGAGCUCAGCCUGGGGCUGCCAUGGCUGAAAACGUUUGUGCCAGUAGAGCAAGUGUAGGUGGGUGCCAAUACAGCUGAAGCACACAUCAUAAAUUGGUGUAAACGCCCUGACAGUUGAGUGCAUGAGCAUUUGGUGUUACAAGGUUAUGAACUUGUGGGAGUCUUGUAGUGAAAUACCAAAGAACCACUGGUGCCUUCUUAAUUCUGGCUCUUUUCUGGCUGUUUAUUCUUGCUGGGUUUUUUUAGCUAUAACUUUCUGGAGGCUGUGGGCGAUGCUGUUUUUAAGGUGACUGUGGAGGGUGGUUCCAGCAUCACCGAAAAGCACUUUCUGGGCCCUCUAGUGGUGUGCUGUGCUGAGAGCCCGAUCUGCCUCCAAACUCAUCCUUUAGUCCCACGAGAAUAACCAGUCAAGACACCCCAUUAUUUCUCACGAAAUGAGGAGAAAAAUCCCAAAUCCCCCUGUUUUGUUUUGUUUAAAAUUCUUCUUAGAACGCAGCUAUGGAAGGAGCAGUGCAUCUGCUUGGUUAAAACCCUCCCUCUGCCUCUUCAGAACCAACGAAUGCACACAGACACUCAUUUCAAAACUGAAAACCCCUUUUGAAAAGACAAAGGUGGGCUGAUGCGUUGUGAGGACACCAGGGUAAUGGGGGACGCGUGCCUUUCUCUACCAUUUGUUCCUCCCAUUACGGUUUGUAAAGAAAAUAAUGUCACAGGGGUCUUAUCAGGGAGCUGGGAAGGGACAGGGGAUUUGGGAAGAGCUUACGUGUUUCUUUCCAAGCUGUGUUUCUAAAAUAAGUUGAUGUUUAUUUGGUUGCGAAGGAAAAACGUUUAAUUUGAUUUCCUGUCCAUGUUGGAAACAGCAAACAUUUUAACAAAGGGGAGGAUGGGAAAAGGUGGCUGGAAAAGUGACCUCUGUAGGUGUUUGGGCUUUGUUUGUUGAGUUCACCAUUGCUGACAGCAUCAUCCUCAGCCUCCCUGCCUGCCAUACACCAGCACUUAGCUGUGUGUGCCCUGGGGAUUUGUGCCCUGCCGAGUAGGGUUGUGAGUUUUGACUGAAAUGGCUCUUUCUGGUGGCUUUAGCAGAUGUAGGCAGAGGCAGCAUGAGCUGCAAAGGCCUUGGGGUGGGUUCUGCUCUCUACUACCUGGGCAUCCAGCCUUUCUUUGGGAUUUUUGACACCUUCAUGGUUUGUUCAGGAGGUAAAACAAAGGUGUUAACAUGGAUAUCCAGGGAUCUUGGGAUAGAUUUAGUGGAAACCUCCCCUCCAUAUUGAGUUUUCUGCUUAAACAAUGCUCUCCCAUUCCUUUACCUGUUGGCCUACCUGGGAUGGUGCAGGUUGCAGCCAUACUUGAGAUGUCCCCUUGGGUUCACAGCUGAAUUUUUCCAAGUCUGGAUGCUGCAGCUGACUGCUCUAUAGGUCUAAGCAUAAGGGGUCCCAAACCCUUUACCUCCCCAACACAGCCUGCUGGUUUUAAUGGAUUUCAAAUGCAAACCAGCCUGACUGUGCUGCUCUGGCAGCCACGGAAACUUCACAUCACCAUCCUGGUUGCAUUUGGAUUUAGGCACUGGAGUCUUGGGAACCACCUAGAGCAGCCAACAUCAAAAUGUAACAAAGCAAGACCUGGAUGUGUGAGGAUGGAGGGGUGUCUUUUUGAUUACAAUAAUGGGUGAUAGUAAGAGUAAUGGUGGUAGUAAUGAUUAUUACAGGUGAAUGAAAAAGUGGCUGGGCUGCGCCAAGCACAGCAAGAGGCAGAUAGCUGAAGUGUUGAAGGGCAUUGUGCCUUUAUAGGCUUCUCUUUUGGAGAAGGGAGGAUGAGUGGGAAGAGUGGAAGACAAGAAAAAGGGAAGAUCUGUCAAAAAAGGCGUACUUGGGGUGGGUUUGCCAGCACACCCACUUCUUCUGUGGGCUGGCAUCUCAGGCUGAGUCAGUGCUCCCUAGAUGAGUGUGCCCAUGGACCUGGUAACCUGAGGUUCCUUUUGGUGCUUCUAUAUUCCUCUCCACAGUGCUCCUGUGGCGUGCAGCUGCUCCUGAGAGGAGAAAAAGCAGUGCCUGCCCUUGAAUGUCUGGUGCAGGCCGUGUUCCCACGUAUAAGGGAGAUGGGAGCUAGAGCUCCAUCAAUGCCAGCAGCCCCCACCUUAAGGGCAAGAACAGAUUGGUUCUUACAAGCUGGAGGAAACUGGGGGAAGUUCUGUGUUAGGUGCAGCACACAGGAACAGUGGCUUUGGAGUAAAUACACACACAUACAGAUAAAUCUUCCUCUUGGAAGGUCUUGUGUGGUGCUGGUCCUGCACCAUGGGGUGAGUGUUUUGGUCCCUCCUCUGUGCAUGGGGCACUGCACUGUUAUUUUGGGAUUGCAUUACAUAUCUCCCCAGAUGGAAAGCCUCGCUCCCCAGCGGGCUAUAAAACAAAAAAAAGGAAAGGUCCUGACCCUAUCAGUAAAACAGCAACCAUGUUUCUUGGGGAGAAAUCCUUUUACGAGGCAGCGUGGAGGAAGUUUGGGGUUGGGGGAUGGAGCUGGAGGCAAAAUGGGGAUCAAAAGAGCUGAGCCUGUUCAUUUAGAGACUGGUGAAGGUUACAGCAGCGUGAGGUGGGGAUACAAUUACAGAAGGGCUUCGUUAACAAACAGCAGCUUUAUGUGCAGUGGUGGGAGGGAGGUGAAAUCCCAGCCAGCAGGAUGCUCUGGCUGCUCAGCACCAGUGAAAUGGGUGGAGGAAGGUAGAGGAGCUUUACUUCUUUGUUGGUAUUUAAAUGGAAGUGAGUCUGCACCACUUGUGUCUUCUGUAGCUGUGAAUGUUUUCUGAUAGAGGGAAAAACCUCUGUGGCUGUAUGAAAUCCAUAAUGUAUCAGUGGAAAAUGAGGAUUUUAUUGAGAGCAAAUUGUGGCUGGGAUUGGUUUCUUCCCUUCCAACUUUUCCCAUUAAAAGCAAACAAAACCAGAAGACAGGGCUUCGACAUAUCUGAUCCUGCAGGCUUUUGGUUUCUGAAGAGAAAAAAUGAAGGCUGAUUUGGGGAACCAAACCAAAAAAGGAGAAUUUGUUUUCAGUGGAGGCUUCAGGUUCUCCCAGGAGAGCUCUGUCUGAUUGGGGCAGGUGAGAAGCAGGGAUGUCAGUGUUCACCUGUUUUGGCUGUUUCACAUCUGAAAGUCUGUGAUAUCUUUGGGUUUUAACAGAACUCCUUUUUUUUUUUUUUUUUUCUUUUGUCUAUUUGGCAUUUGAGAGGAUUUCUGUCUGCUCAAACAUCUCUGUGA